GCUUGCAGAUCGCAUAUGCUUGCAGAUCGCAUAUGCUUGCAGAUCGCAUAUGCUUGCAGACAGCAUAUGCUUGCAGAUCGCAUAUGCUUGCAGAUCGCAUAUGCUUGCAGAUCGCAUAUGGCAUAUGCUUGCAGAUCGCAUAUGGCAUAUGCUUGCAGAUCGCAUAUGGCAUAUGCUUGCAGAUGCUUGCAUUUGGCAUAUGCUUGCAGAUCGCAUAUGGCAUAUGCUUGCAGAUCGCAUAUGUCAUAUGCUUGCAGAUCGCAUAUGUCAUAUGCUUGCAGAUCGCAUAUGCAGAUCGCAUAUGCUUGCAGAUCGCAUAGUGGAAUAUGCUUGCAGAUCGCAUAUGGCAUAUGCUUGCAGAUGACAUAUGGCAUAUGCUUGCAGAUGACAUAUGCUUGCAGAUCGCAUAUGGCAUAUGCUUGCAGAUCGCAUAUGGCAUAUGCUUGCAGAUCGCAUAUGGCAUAUGCUUGCAGAUCGCAUAUGGCAUAUGCUUGCAGAUCGCAUAUGGCAUAUGCUUGCAGAUCGCAUAUGCUUGCAGAUCACAUAUGCUUGCAGAUCGCAUAUGCUUGCAGA